GGGGGUCCCCGGGGUCAAGCGUCUUUUCGUCAUGUUCAAAUGUUGGACCGUCUUGUUGGUCCUCCACUUGUUCUGCGACGUCGUGUUGGCGACUCAAUGCGGCAAAGUGUGGUUGACGGUCUCCUCGUUAUGGAGACCGAUAGCAGCCAGCAACAAGGUGAUCGACGCAGAACUAGAAGUCAAUUGGGACCUGGAUUGCCCACCUAACAUAGAGCAGCCGGAUACCAUCAAGGUGUUCACUGCUGACCCAGCUCAUAAUAAAACUGUGAAACCUCAGUUAACAUUGUUCCUUCCGGAACAUCCUCAAGGAUAUUAUCGAACAAAUAUCACAGUUGGGAGACCUCAUCUUCCUGGGGGAUGGGAUGCAGCCGAUGGUGCCGCACUUCCAGGGCCGCAUUGCUUGAAGCAUUACGCAGCGUUGUACAAGGACGGGGUUAUCCUGACUAGUUCCUGUCUUCAGAUCUGGCCCACUUGGAUGUAUGACUUGAGGAGACAGCUUGGAAGACUUCCCAUCGGUACCUUGAUGAUUCCCGGCACGCACAACUCGGGUUGUUACAAGCAUGGAGAUCUUACGAGAAGGGAUGCAUUUCAGCGGUACCUAUUAACGCAAGAUAGAGACGUAUGGACACAACUAAUUCAUGGUAUAAGGUACCUAGACAUCAGAGUUGGAUACUACCCUUCGUUUCCUAAUACUUCCCACGGAGAAGGAAGUGUUCACGGUAGUAGGUUUUGGGUCAACCACGACGUUAUCCGCAUCACGCCGCUGAUGACAAUUAUCAAAGACGUGAGAAACUUCCUCGAUGUGGCGAAAGGAGAAGUAGUGAUUCUAGACUUCCAUAGAUUUCCGGUAGGGUUUGAGGGAAGGCCCAGUAGACAUCAUCGUUUGGUGUCCAUUCUUCAUCAGGCAUUCGGGGGAUUAAUCCUGAAGCCUGACAGAGGAGUCGAUGGUCUUGGACCAACGAUGAACUACAUUUGGACCAGCGGAAAGCGGUUGAUCAUCUGUUACGGUGACAAGCACACGGUCAAUGAAUACGAUUGGCUGUGGCCGCCUAUGACGCAAGCCUGGGGUAACAAGCAGACCAUGGAGGACCUCUUAGAAUAUUUGAACGAUGUCAUAAUUGGCAACACAAGACCCAGGAGCAACCAAAACCCAUUAUGGGCAGUAAUGGCGGAAUUAACACCUUGUCCACUGGACAUAAUACUGAAUCCAUCUGGUGGUCUUCGUCAAAUGGCGGAUUCCGUAAAUAGGAAUCUAACGAUAUUAUUCCAGGACGAAUGGUGGAAGCAAACGAAUAUCGUUGCUACCGAUUUCUUCCUGGGAAACAAUCUUAUUGACGUCGCCAUUCAAGCAAAUAUUAAGAAAAGUAAUAUCGCAAAGUGGCGCCUCUAAUGGCAAAAUUUCUCCUACGGUGUAGGCUCUAAUUAAAUUUCUCUUUUAAUUUGAUUAUUGAACUCUAUAAUGGCGCAAAUUGUUUAGAUUCGUUCCCAGAAAAGGUAUAUUCAUUUCUUCGAUUCGGUCAAUUUCUAAAUUUAUGUUUAAAAAUCUGGUGAGAUAAGUUAAGGCAAUAAUAGAAGAAAUAACUAGUGGUAAAUGCAUUGAACGGU